AUAAUUGGCACUGCAGUCUCUGGUUAACUCAACACUUUCUCCGGUGGAAGCAGUCGGCAUUGGGCAUUCGGUAGACAGUAACGGAGGCGGAUGCGGGUGUUUAACAGAUUGCGCAAACUUUGAGAUACAUUUAUGAGUGCCAAGAAAACGGCAAAAGCCAGCCUCGUACGCCGGAAGAGUAGACGCAUCUGUUAACAGGCAGUCGCACAGCUUGGUUUCAGUGAUAAAAUGUGAAGUGCGGCGAGCUGAAGUGAAACAAAGUAGAGAAAAGAAAAGAAGCGAAAAGAAAAUAGAGAAAAAAAAACCACACACACACACACAGACACGCACACACAGACACCCUGUGAACAUAAAAGCAGCAAAAGUCAGCAACAAAGCCGCCAGCUUAAAACUUGCCCUAGUUCGAAUUUAUCAUAAGUUCACGCACACACACGCAAACACACACACACGCACACACGCACACACGCACACAUCAAAUAAUAAAAAUAUGAGCUCCCGCGAGGACUUUGAACGGCUGCGGCAGCAGGAGCAGGAGCAGCAGCUCAAACUCGAACUGGAAUUGCAACAGAAUCACACCAUCAGCAUGCACAGCCAUCCCUUGCUCUCCGAGUAUUAUACAUAUAUGACGGCCUUUGUCUCGCUGGCCAUCUUCGUGGCCGCAAUGCUGACCAUACUAAACAUUUCCAUAUAUCUGGCGACUGUGUCGCAGCUGCGUCGCCAUCUCAACAAGCCGCUGCUGAUGCCCUCCAUUGUGAUGGUCAGCCUGUAUCCGGUCAUCUCGGUGGCGGCCCUGGUGACCAUACUGGUGCCGUACUCUUGGUUCAUCUGCCACACAGUGAUGCACGCCAUGUUCAUGAUAGGCGGGCCCGUCUUUCGUAUGCUGCUCUUUCGCUAUGUCGAGUCGGAGCAGAACUAUCUGAAGGAAACAUCCGGCGAACCGGUCGCAUUGAAUACGCCGCCCUGCUGCUGCUGCUGCCUCUGCCUGCCCAUGGUGGUGCCCACGAAGACGAAGCUGUGCAUCUCCCGCUACAUGGUCUGGCAGAUGCCCGUCUGGCAGGGCGGCAUCAUGCUGGUCAUGAACAUACUCUACUAUCGUGAUAUCACGCUCUAUCGUGAGGUGGUCCUCUUCUUCAUACCCUUCAUCAUAGCAUCCAUUGUGCUGGGCGCCUGGUCGCUGCAGAUCACGGUGCGCAUGAUCACCAAGCUCCACGGCGACUAUCAGCUCAGGAAGAAGAUGUUCUGCCUGCAAUUGAUUGUGCUGCUCUGCAAGCUGCAGUACUUGGUCCUAUACGAGCAGCUGAACUCCCUCAAGCUGGGCGGCGAAUAUCCCAUCAAUCACACAAUUUACAAGCAGACCAUCAUCAAUAUCCUGGUACUGGUCGAAAUGGUACUGGUCUCCAUGUUGGCGCAGAGCGCCUAUCGCGUACCCAUUCAAGUGCAAAUCGACGACUCGAAUCGCAAAUGAUAGAAUCGCGAGCUGUAGUUGGUUAGUGACACGAGUUGUAUAGCAAAAGAUUGUGAUAAUUUAAUAAAGACAAAUUAGUUUACAAAUAAAUAGAGAUCAAGUUUAGAAUAUA